UGCCGCUCGAUCGUGAGAUAUGAGGCUCAAGGCGAUUUUGACGCUGCUCACCACGCUGGCGCUCGCCUCGGGGGACCCCGACCAGUGGAAGCUCGACAUGCAGGACGCCGCACAAGCCGGCUACCAGUCCUGGCUUCUCGACAAUAUCUCGGAGCUCUUUGGCUUCAACUUCAACUUCGGCGGCAGGCGCCGACAGGGCUCGCCCUCCCUUGAAAAGCCCGACUCGGCGGUGGAGGAGGCCAUGUGCACGGCUGACGGGUGCUCCAGGCCCACCUCGUUUGAACUUGCCGCCGAGGCUCAGUCAAAGGCAAUCAUCAAGAAGAAGGCCCGCCUUCUGCGGCGCGAUGUCUCUCGCGCCGUGCCAUCCGUCCUCGUCAAUGCGUCCCUCAGCAAGGUGCACGCAUGGCUCGACAAGAUGGACGGUGGACAAGGCCGCCCACCGAGCCCUGAGUACAACCCGACCAUGCCACCGCUCGACCCUGCUGCACCGGACGAUGCUGCGUACAAGCUAAUGAGCGACGCGCUCCGCAACGACCCCUUCGCCACGUUCGAGGCGGUUCCGGUGGGCAAGGGCGCGGACGUCCGCACCGUCCUCGUCAUCGACCGGGGCUUCGAGCAGGCGCUGGACCUGGAGUCACGCGCGCCCGUCCCCUCCUACAAGGGGCGCCGCCUUGCUGAGGACGAUGACAACAAGCGCCGCCUCUCGAUCUACCCUUCGGGCGCCCCGUACACCCCCAAUGACGACCGCAGUGAGGUCCUCUAUCCCAACAACCUCUACUGGGGCUGGUCGACCCUCGUCUCGACCGGCAACCGCGUCAGUCCAUGGUGCUCGGGCACCAUGAUCUCGCCGACCGUCCUCCUCACCGCCGCCCACUGCGUCGCCGCCGGCGGCUCGGCUGACUGGGCUGACGGCACCAACUGGCUCACCCAGCCGCAGAUUUGCGUGCGCGACGCGCAACGGACGACACCGACAGCGGCAGACCCGACCGAGGAGAACUGCGUGAGCAACGGAGGCAUCCUCGCGACGUGGCGCAAGAUGACCACCUUUGUCAAGUGGACGCGCGACUGGGACUCGGACUGGGACGUCGCCUGGAUCACCCUCACGGCCCCCGUCGGCUAUACCAGCGGCUGGAAGGGCAUCCGCACAGACUCAGUCCCAUACCCGGCAGGCACCAUCCUCAACGUGGCGGGGUACGGCGGCGACUGCCCAGCGGGCGGCGACUGCUCCGACCACAUAAAGACGAUGGGCUGCCCAAUCGAGUCGUCCUGCACAAACAACGAGCGCUACUACUACAAAUGCGACACCAUCGGCGGUGGCUUCAACAGCGCCACGUGUGGCCCGUUCAACCGUGCUGUCCGCAUCCGCCCCAACAUGCUCGCCGCGAUGUGCUCGACGACCGACGACAUGCUCUGCUUCUGA